AUGGUGGGGAGGAGGGAGAGGGAGGGCCAGGGCACCUACCUCGGCCCUUGGCUCGAGCAGGAAGGCGGCGGGGCGGGCCGGUCGCGGGAGCAGGCGCGGUGGCGGAGCGGGUUCACGGCGGCGGCGCUGCUGCGGCUCGGGAGAGGGCGAGCUACGGUGGAGGCGGUCGUGGAGCGAUGGAGCGGCGCUGGGGGCCCUUUUAAAGUCGUCCCCGCCUCCCCGGCUGUCGUCGUCGCCGUCUUCCCCGCCUCCCGGCCACCGCCGUCGUCCCCGCCUCCCCGGCCGUCGUCCUCGCCGUCUUCCCCGCCUCCCGGCCACCGCCGUCGUCCCCGCAUCCCCAACCGUCGUCGUCGCCGUCUUCCCCACCUCCCGGCCACCGCCGUCGUCCCCGCCUCCCCGGCCGUCGUCGUCGCCGUCUUCCCCGCCUCCCGGCCACUGCCGUCGUCCCCGCCUCCCCGGCCGCCAUCGUCGCCGUCGUCCCCGUCUCCCCGCCGCGGUUGCCGUCUCCCCCACCUCCCGGCCACCACCGUCGUCCUUGCCACCGUCUGGAUCGCGUUCGACCACGUCGACGGCCUCAAGCGCCUCACCGUGUCGGGUGCCACCGUCGACGGCGCUGUGGGCGUGGAAGGCCGCUGGGCACGGCGGCUGCCCCAGCGGAGCAACAGUGAACAGUGA